CCCAUUGUUGCCUGAUAACUAUAUAAUAAGCAGUGUUGCAGUCCGAAAUUCGCACUUCUGCAGGACGUCUAACCAGAGCCACCGCAGGGAACAGCCGUCAUGAAGACCUUCGUUGCCAUCGCGCUCUUGUCUGCUGCCUCACUAGCGUAUGCUGCGCCACGUGCUGCCGUGAAGACUGACGUGGGUGGCGGCGCCCUCGCGUCAGGACCCAGCAGGGCCGCCAGCAGUUUCGGACCUGGCGCAUCUGCUGCACCUGGUAGAUUUGGUGGACCUGGCGCAUCUGCUGGACCUGCCGGAUUUGGGGGAUCUGGUCCAUCUGCUGGACCUGUCGGAUUUGGCGGACCUGCAGGAUUUGGCGGACCAGGCUUUGGCGGACCAGGAUUUGGCGGAGCUGCAGGCUUUGGCGGAGUUAGCGGACCUUCUGCACCUUCCCGAGCUGGCCCACAAGGUGGUGUCCCAAGCUUUGCCGUUUUCGGUGGGCCAAGCGUAUCCGCAGGAGGAUUCCCCGCUGAUGCCGGCGUUUCCCCCGCUGGUCCGAGCGCUGCUGGUCCGAGCGCUGCACCCUCAGGUGGCCGACCUAGUGCACCAGCCCGAGGCCUCGUGCACGGUGGAGUCGUCCCUUGGGCAUGGUACCCUGGUAGCUACAGUGUAUGGCCGGUGUAUGGUCCAGCAUAUUACGGACCCGGCUUGGGUGAUGGCUACGGUUUUGGCUUAGCUGGCGUUCCUCUUGGCGGAUACUUCUACGGUGCUCCUGGAGACUUCUUCGGCGAUAACGGCUACUGGGGCGGCCUCGGUGGCUAUAGUUACGGAUACCCUGGCCACGGUUUCUCCUGGGGCCCUCAGAGUUUUGGAGGCUUUGGAUCCUCUCCGUCUUCUGCUGGUUCUGCCUCUAGCCAGGGCACAUCAGGAAGCAACCGUGUAGCUGCAGGAGCCAGUCAAGCUGCCCGUAGCACCAGCCAAGUACCCGCAAGGCAAUAACAAACUAAUAGGACCAUUCCUGGCCAUCCCAUAAAAGAUACUUUCUGCGGUUUCCUGGACAAUAAGUUAUUUCAACAAAUUUUCCAAUGCGAAAAAAUAGGCAAUUAAACAGGACAACUUCAUCUACUACAGACUGAAUAAAAGAGCCAAUCUUUGAACAGAAA